GUUUAAUGAGCGCAAAACUCUCUCAAAAUUUGUGUCGUCACGAUGUUUGUUCUCCCGCGAGCACGUGCACUUUAUAUAACCUCUGUAAGUCUCUAAUCUUACAAAUCGCGUUGAUUUCCUAUACAUUCAUACCAUAUUUUCACGAUGCUUUCGAGAAUACGUAUUUGUCUCUCUCCUAUCUUAUCACUUCCCUGUCCAAUAUGUGAUAACUUUACCUGACCAGACCGAUUUUCAAUGAAAGUUAUAAAUCUUGUGUGACAAGUCACUAUGAAUGUGAUAUUUAUUUUAUAUGAAAAGAGAUUUUUUUGCUUGAGUGUACAUCUAUUUUCCAACAUCAGUUUUAGAUUUUUAAUUAAGGCUUGAUAAGUGUUAGAAACUAGGAGUAUUAUCAAAUACAUGGUCUUUUUAUCAUAUUAGUCUUAUAAGGUGAUGUAAAAAUAAGAAUGUCAGGCAAGAUAAAACAUGAGAUAAAACAUUUGUUGAAAAUAAAAGAGGAGGAAGAAUAUGCCAUGACUUGUCUAAGGACAUAUAUACAUGUGGAUAAACAUAGUAGACAAUUAUCAACUUCAGAUGAUGCAUCUGCGAAGCAAAUUGAUUCUUUGUCACUUGCAUAUGAAGGUCUUUUUACCAUGCCUUAUAACAUUAUACAAGAUUAUGGUUUCAUCAUAGAACAUUUAGAUAUUAGUCAUAAUGUGUUCAGCAGGAAUUUACAAUUUUUAUCAGAGUUUGACAACUUGAGAUCUCUCAAUUUGGAUCACAAUAAGAUAGAUGAUACUACUAUAUUCCCAUACAUGCCAAAUCUUGAGCUCCUCUGGUUAAAUCAUAAUUACAUUAAAAAUCUACAUCCAUUUAUUAAGAAUCUUCAUAAGAGUAUACCAAAUCUUAAAUAUUUAUGCCUCAUGGGAAAUGAAGCGGCACCUAGUUAUCUUAACGGUGGAAGUUUUUUUGAAUAUCUUCAAUAUAGGUUAUUUGUGCUAUCUUGGUUUCCACAUUUGGUGCACUUGGAUGAUAGAACAGUGAAUGACGAGCAGCUAUUAGAGGCCAAGAGACUGUUCAAACGACCACUGUUUGAAAAUACAAUAGAACUGCCAGAAUGCUUUAAGGAUUUGCAUAAUAAAAUAAAUAUCUUUUCCAAGCCAUCAAUGCCUGAUGGACAAAAAAUGUCAAAAGAAACAAAUUUUAUUAUUUAAACAGUAUUAUUAAUGCAGCUCAAAGGAAAUUGAUUAUGAGAGAAUAAUUGAUUACAAGGAAAUGAUUACGAGAAAAUUGAUUAUAAGGAAUAUUGAUUACGAAAUAUUCUUUUAAGAAAGAAAUGAGAUUACGAUACUUUGUAUCCCAUGGAAAUAUGUGCCAAUUAUGAAAGCAAUAUGGAAUACUAUGUUUUAUAAUACGUAAGCGUUUUUUUUAUAAUUUAAGUU